UCAAAAGGAAACUGGGCUCAGCUCACUACAGCCCGAGAUUUGAUCCAUUUCUUGCUCCACCCGCGUUCCAUUGAUUUUUACCUAACAUGUUUCCCCAUCCGUGCAGGUGAAGGAUUCAUCAACAUAGAUUGUGGGCUUCCAGACGGAUCCAGCUACCUGGACGAGAAAAUAGGUCUCAACUAUACUUCAGAUGAUGGGUACAUAGACACAGGAGAGAACCACAAUAUCUCUGCAGAAUACAAUGCGCAUGAACUGCUCAGGUCAAGUUUGAACCUCAGAAGCUUCCCCAAUGGAGGCCGGAACUGCUACACCUUGUCUCCUGCCACGGCAGGCCUCAAGUACCUCGUGAGAGCAACGUUCAUGCACGGGAACUAUGAUGGCAAGGAGCGUGAUCUCAUCAGGUCGCCACUGGUGUUUGAUGUCUACAUGGGGCUCCAUUUCUGGGACCGGAUCUACGUCAACAGCUCGACUACGAUUUACGUUGCUGAGGCCAUCAUUGUAGCUGCGGUGAGCUCAGUAUCAGUUUGCUUAAUAGACAUUGGCAGGGGGACUCCCUUCCUGUCAUCAAUGGAGAUGAGGAAGAUGAAGAGCUCAUUGUACCCAGCAGCCAUGCACAAUCAGUCCAUCGCGCUCCAGGAACGGCACAGUCUUGGCGCAAGCAGCCUAGUUAGGUAUCCGGAUGAUCCCUACGAUCGUUUGUGGUGGCCAUCACAAGGUACCUCAGGGUGGCUGAAUCUAUCUACAACAAGUGAAAUUAAACGAUAUUCAACCGAUCCAUUCGAGGUGCCAGUUAGAGUGCUCCAAACUGCCGUCACCUCGCCUACCACCUCCACCCCUCUCAACUUGUCAUGGGAAGUUCCUUCUGGCUGGCCGGCCAUGGUACUGCCUGGGUACUACCUCAACAUGUAUUAUACCGAUUUCCAGGAGCAACGGCUGCGGGCAUUUGAUGUAUACUACAAUGGCUACCUGUGGGUGCCAAAUAAUCUGUCGAUCACACCAAACUAUCUCUUUUCAGACUAUUCAAAUGCCACAGCUCCAUUCACAGAUAACAGUGGUUUCUACAAUGUCCGCAUCAUCGCUACCAACACCUCUGUGCUGCCUCCCAUGCUAAAUGCAUACGAGAUAAACUACCUCAUCCAGCAUGAUGAUACUGCAACCGAUACACAAGAUGUUGAAGCAAUGAUGAAUAUCAAAACUGAGUACCAAGUUGAGAAGAACUGGAUGGGCGACCCAUGUUUACCCGAAAAAUAUACAUGGAUUGGAUUGACAUGUAAAAGUGAUGGAGUCACAUCAAGAGUUAAAACUUUGGACAUGUCCAACAGUGGUUUGCAAGGUGUGAUAUCUGAACAAUUUUCUCUUUUGAAAUCACUCCAACACCUGAAUUUGUCAUUCAAUAAUUUAUAUGGAGCAGUGCCUGAUUCUUUAACAAACUUAUCGUCCCUUCGUGUCCUUGAUUUAUCGGGGAAUCAUCUUGAUAGUCCAUUUCCUGAAGCUUUAUGCAUGGCAGGUUCACUUACUUUAAGGUAUGACGCCAUGAAUGGAGAUCCAUGCAAUGGAAAAUCGCCAGAGAAGAAAAGCGUACUCCUCAAAAUUGUCGUAGCAGUACCAGUGGUGAUAGUGGCAUUGUUGGCAUGUACAUUGACAGUGUUUUGUUUCUGCAGAAAGCAAGUUCCAAGUGUGCUACCGGGAUGUGCUAAUCUACCAUGUCCAAAAAGUCAUGAAGACUAUAAAGGUCACGUACACACAUCCGACAGCCGUGAAUUCACAUAUGCGGAGUUGGUUGCAAUAACAAAUAAUUUCUCCACAUGCAUUGGUGAAGGAGGUUAUGGGCCUGUCUUCCAUGGUGAAUUAAAAGAUGGUACUCAAGUUGCUGUGAAGAUGCAUUCUCCAACAUCAGCAACAGGAAAAGGGAUGGAAGAGUUUUUAGCAGAGGUUGGGAGCUUAACAACCGUGCACCAUAGGUAUCUCGUUUUGCUCGUCGGCUACUGCACUGAGAAGGACCAUCUAUCUCUAAUUUAUGAGUACAUGCCCAAUGGAAGUCUUUAUGAUAACUUAAGAGGCAGAAAGGCAAUUGUUCAGACACUGGGAUGGCGUGAUCGAGCACAGAUUGCACUUGAAGCUGCCCAAGGUUUGGACUACUUGCACACGGGAUGUGUGUUACCAAUAAUUCAUAGAGACUUGAAGUCCCACAACAUUCUUCUAGGACAUGACAUGGUUGCCAAGAUCUCAGAUUUUGGAUUGUCCAAGUCAUACAUCAAUCUGGCACAAAGUCACAUAUCUGUGACAGCUGCAGGAACUCUAGGCUACAUCGAUCCAGAGUACUGUGUUAGCGGCAGGCUCACCACAAGUAGUGAUGUCUUCAGCUUUGGAGUGGUUUUACUAGAGAUUGUCACGGGUGAACCUCCAAUCUUACCGACCCAUGUGCAUAUCGUGCAGCGUGUAAAGGAGAAGGUUAUCAUGGGCAACAUUGAGACAAUAGUUGAUCCACGACUACACCGUCAGUAUGACUUCAGUUCCAUUUGGAAGGUUGUGGACAUGGCACUGCUUUGCACAAGAGAGUCAUCUAGUGAGAGGCCAACAAUGAGUAUGGUGGUCUCUCAUCUAAAGGACGCCCUAGAACUGGAAGAAGCACGUGCAAGUGCAAGCACCAUUAGCCAAGUCGGUUCUAAUGCCGACCUGUCAAUCAGCUGGGUAGCAUCUGGAAGAUGAAGCCUAAGUCAUCCAUUCUGAAAUUACUCUUUAAAUAUUAGUCUAUCCAUGGACCUGUACGCCUGUCUAAUGGAGUCAUUGAUAUGUAUGCACAACUUAAGAGAUGUAUCUGUGACGUAUAACAUAUCAUGCAUCCUGUAUCCCAUAGAACUAUGCAAUGUCUGAAACUUUAGCUUCGUAGGUGAUGUCUUAAGAGUAUUUCAAAGAUCAAUCAGAAAGACUGCCUGAAAAAGACUAUAACAGGGUAUCGGAAUUGCCACUUCCAAAUGUGGAAGUUCUUCUGCAAACCGGAGCAAUAUGUAAAGCUGAAAAAAUUACCUGGAUCUAUAUUUUCUGUCACUUCUCUGCAACAGAAUAUCCUGUUGCAUACAUACCAAAGUUCUGUUCAGGAGCAUCUAAAAGCAAAUGAAAGCUCGUCCAAUGUUAAAUGAAAAAAAAAAAACAAGACGAAACAUGAUGAAUUCUCAGUUGCUAAUACGAACAAGCACAAACGAUUCGAACCUGCAAUUCGCUAUUUUACAGCUAAAAACGCCAGGAAUUCGAUUGAGCCCGAGUUAGACCAUCUGGUGCGUAGCAAUGCAUAGCGAAACCAUGCUGGAACAU